AUGAUAGGAUGCACAAUUUCAAAGUGCCAUAAGCCUGUCAAAUAUUUAUGCAAUUGUUUCACAACUGCAUAUUUCUGUAGUGACCACAUUCAUAAUCAUCUUACACCUCCUCAUCAACUUACACCUCUUUCCAUUGCCAUCCCAAAAGAAGACAAGCAAAAAGUUAUCAAACACAUUCUUUAUAAAAAGCGAAAAGUUUCCGAAUGGCAAGAGUCAAUCAUAUAUGAAGCAAAUUUAGCAAUAAAUUACAUUGAAAGCACCUUAAAAUCAACUCUUCUCUCAUUCAGAGCCAUAAAUAAGAGAUAUGAUGAUUUGAUUAAAAAAAUAAUUAGAACUGAAGAUAUCCAAACACAAAAUCAAAACAAAUUGGAUGAAAGUUUGAUAGAUGUUUCGAUGAAUGAAAUAAAUUUCCAAAAUAUUGAUAUUUCAAGCAAGCACUUUGAAGCUUGCUUGCCAAAAGUUUUGAUGACGCCAUUCGAUAGCUGGAUCUUAAAAAAUUUUUUAAAGGAAAUUGAAGAUUUUAUAGGAAAAGAAGAAAAUAGUCCUGCAAGAAUUAACAAAAAUUCAGCAAAAAUCGUAGUAAAGAGCUAUGAGGACGGAGAGUAUAAAGGAGAAGUGAAGAAUGGGAAAAGACAUGGCUUUGGAAAAUUCAUUUGGAAUAAUGGAAGCUGAUAUGAAGGAGAGUGGCGAAAUGACUUAAGGGAUGGAGAAGGCAUCACAUGCUUUGCAAACGGAAACAUAUAUGAAGGAGAAUAUAAAUUGGACAAGAAAAAUGGGAAAGGAAAAUUUAUUUGAGCAGAUGGCAGUCGUUGCCAUGGGGACUGCUAUGAAGGUGAAUUUUUUGAUGAUGCAAAGAAUGGAUUUGGGGUUUAUUAUUUUUCUCAUGGGUUUAUUUAUGAAGGAGAGUUUAAAAAUAACUUAAGAAAUGGUAAAGGGAAAAUCAUAUGGGCUGAUAACGACACUUAUGAGGGAAACUUCAAAAAUGGAGUUUUUGAUGGAUUUGGAGUUAGAAAAUAUCAAACUGGUGAAGUUUAUGAGGGAAACUGAAGCCAAGGGAAAAGAAAUGGAAAAGGGAAAAGCAUUUAUAUUGAUGGAAGGAUAAUUGAAGGGGUGUGGAUUGAUGAUAAGAUGAUUGAUCUUCCAAAUCAUUAUUAA